GUUCGUCCUUAGUUCUGUUUAGUACCUCGCAGCCAAACGACGCAUGCGUACAACCGGUGAACUAAAUACGCGAGUUUGUUACUAACGAAAACAUAAAAAAGAAACUAAAUACUCAACUAAAACAAAAUCAAGUGAAAUCAUUUUAAUCUGUGAAUAUACAAACUAUUUUUGGUUUGAAACUCUGUGGUGGUUGUUCUAAAUUCGAAGUUUGAAUUGCAUUUGAAAGACUAAAGGACUUGGCCUUGGCAUGCCAGUGUGAUACAAAAUGUCGAGCCCAUUGGAGGUGAACUCGCGAGCUUUGGGACGAGCGCACCUCUCUCAUCUACCCCAGCGCCCGCCCGUGAACCUUAGCUUCCAAGACCUUAGCUACACUGUGCAGAAUGGAAAAAGUUCAAAGAUAAUUCUGCGCAGCAUCAACGGUGACUUUCGGUCGGGGCAGCUGACUGCAAUCUUGGGUCCGUCAGGCGCUGGCAAAAGUACAUUACUGAACAUACUAGCUGGAUAUAGGGUAGCAGGAGCGUCAGGAACAAUCUUCACCAAUGGCGAGCCCCGAGACUUGCAUCAGUUCAGGAAACUGUCCCGGUACAUCAUGCAGGAGGACUUGCUGCAGCCGUACAUCACGGUGCAAGAGGCCAUGAUGAUAGCUGCCGACCUGAAGCUGGGCAACGGGAUUACUAAGGAGAAGAAGCUGGUUAUUGCGGAAGAAAUCAUUCAGUUAUUAAGGCUACAGAAAGCGAGGAAUACGGCGACGGAGAGGCUAUCAGGGGGCGAAAGGAAACGAAUAUCAAUAGCUUUAGAACUACUCAACAACCCACCGGUUAUAUUCUUGGAUGAACCUACUACAGGUUUAGAUGACGUAGCCUCUUCAACGUGUGUGUCACUCCUCAAACGGGUGGCUCGGGGAGGGAGGACGGUGGUCUGCUCCCUCCACACUCCCUCAGCUCGACUGUUCGCCGAGUUUGACCACGUUUACGUGGUGGCAGGUGGCCGCUGUGCCUACCAGGGAACUGCUCCAGGCGUCGUGCCCUUCCUCAAGGAGCUGCAGCUGCCUUGUCCUAAGACUUAUAACCCGGCUGAUUUUAUAAUCGAAGUAUCAAGUGGCGAAUAUGGAUCUCACGUAGACAAAAUGGUAUCAGCGGUGGAAAACGGGAAGAAUCAGCGAUGGAGGACGUAUGGCAUUGAGGAGAAUCCAUCAGGGGAACAGUUUGAGGAGAUGGAGAUAGAACAGCUGAACGCUGGUGGUGUUGAGAAGCAUAAUUACAAGCACGGAUGUUCAGCUUGCCAGCAAUUCAUUGUUUUACUGAAGAGGAUGUUGUUACAGACUGUUAGGAAUAAGAGUUACCUAUGGCUGCGCGUCGGCUUACAUUUGUUCAUAGGAGUCAUUGUGGCCAGUCUAUUCAACAAGAUGGGCUAUGACGCUUCGAAGACUAUCUUCAACUUUGGUUUCUGCUACGCCUGUACUAUUGCCAUGCUUUAUAUUCCCAUGAUGCCCGUUUUACUUGCCUUCCCAACAGAAGUCCAGCUGGUUAAAAGAGAGUAUUUCAAUCGCUGGUAUGGUUUGAAGCCCUACUAUGCUGCGCUGGUGAUCUCCAGGACUCCUGCGACGAUAUUCUUCAGCCUUCUAUAUCUGAUGAUAGCUUACCCCAUCACGUCGCAACCCAUGGAGCUGGAUAGGAUAUUCAUGUUCUGUUCCACGUGUAUCCUCAUAGCUCUAAUAUCAGAGUCUAUGGGAACUGUUAUUUCUUCUAUGUUGAGUGUUGUGAACUCAGUAUUCAUGGGUCCAGCAAUGAGUGUGCCAUUGAUGCUGCUUGCAGUCUACGGUAUUGGCAGUGGAGAUGACCCUUUACCAAUCGUAUGGAGACUGGCGAGGGCCUGUUCCUUCCUCCGUUACGGCAUCGAGGGCCUCGUAGCAGCAAUAUACGGACCUCCCAGAGACGAUCUCAUUUGCCCAGACCAUGUAGACUAUUGUGAAUAUAAGAAUGUUGCUUACUUCGUCAAACUGAUGGGAAUGUCUGGAGUAUCAUUCUGGGUGGAUUUCUCCGUGUUAGUCUGCAUGUUACUCGCCAUGAACCUCACUGGAUACUAUCUGCUGCGGCAGCGGUUGUCGCCCAACUACGCCUUCAGAGCCAUCAAGGUGAUCGGCAACUUCAUCAAGACCAAGAUGAGCUCCUACUCAUGAUGCGAUGGUUUUAACACAACCAUCAUCUUUCUAGGCGUCAUUUAUGAAAUGACUUUGUAUAUACUAAGAGUAGAUAUAUGGAACAUAUACUUAAAGUACUAUUUAUGGAAUGGUUUUUCGACCAUCAUUUUGAUCGUUUAAUCUUUUAUUUUAAUGUCGACGAAUAUGUCAUUCAAAAUUUGAUGUUCUUUAUUUUUUUGAUGCGAGUUUCCAAAAUGUAUGUUUUUUUUAAACAAUAAUUAAAUGGCUUUUAUUUUAGUAUUUUUAAUAUUGUUUAUAGUUAAAGAAUAUAAGAUCAAACCACUGUGAUAGCAUGUAAAGUUUUGAAGUGGUUCCUAUUGUCAAUAGGCUUAGUUGAAUGGAUGGGAAUAUUUAUUUUUUAAUUUCCUUUGAUGUAAUUGGUUACGGGGCAAGAAUUAUAAUUAAAUUAUAACGACUUAUUAGAUCAAAAACAGAUAUAUGAUAUAAUAUAUAUGCGCAAAAAGCCAAAGGAAAUAAAAAAAUCCCAGUGUGAUAGAUGUUUACAACUUUCGUCGUAUUUUAAUGAGAAUGUGUAGGCUAUAAGAAUUAUACUUACAGUUUUAUAUGUAGUAAAUUUUCUACUUAAAUAUAAGAAUAAUAAUGUUAAUGUGGUAUUCAAGGAUGAGAAUAUAAUUAUUUUAUUUUAAGACUGAUUGUACAAUGGUGGUCACAUGCGCCUGACCACUACUAAGUUAAUGUUUGCUUGCAUACCUAAAUGAGAUCCGCCCUCUAGCCCCAGGUAGAACAACAUCAAACGCACCACUGACUAAGGGAUUACACGUGUUGCGUCACUAAGCUGUGACGUUAUGGCAAGCUAUAUGGCUUAAUGUUUUUGCUGGGUUCAAGCAAUAUUUUUUUUAAAUGAUCAGGCGGAUCUGUCCUCCACUGUACCCCACAGCCGCAAUUUUUAUUGUAUACCAAUUAAGUUUGAUGAUUUUGCUCUGGAAGCAAAGGAAAUAAAUUAUCUUCUUUAUGUAUCUCUCUGUAUUUCUAAUAAUUUAUUUACUUUUUAAUAAAUUUCAUUGUGAGUCUAUUUAUUCAAUUUAGUGUAAAGUUAUUUUAAAACUACAAUCUACUAAAACUACAAAAUUAUAUUCCAAUUUCUUUCUUUUCAUACUAAAAAUAUUAAGUAUCGAAUUAAAUUGGUAUACAAUAACAAAUUUCACCUGAAACGUUUUUAUACUUCCUACAAAAUAGAUAAAAUAUUUUAAGUAUCUAUUUCUUCUACAACACAUCACAAGGUAAUUAACCUAUUAAUAAGGUACUUUUAAACCUUGAAAUUCAUUCUGAGAACUUGUUUUUAUUGAGAAGGAUUUCAUUGAGAAAUACCCAAAUAUUUGUUUGACCUUAAAACUUAAUAAUGUUUACUAUAUGUAACUUAAAAGGAAAUAUUUAUGUCAUUUGGCAGAGUCUUGCAACCGUUUGUAGGCCACGGUAACCACUGUCAUAUAUUUUUGCCACCGUCGUAGAAUAAAAAAACCAUAUUCUGACUAAAUGCCUGUAAAGAUUGGUCAGUGUUUAGGAUAUGUGACUUUAGAUAUUCUGAAAUUCACGUAACAUCAAUCAGGUAUACAGUAGUAUACAUAGGGAUAUCUAUAAUUACUAAUUUAUGCUCUCCAAACUGUAUAUUUCUUUUAUAAAAUACUCUGUUGGUGUAAAUUAUUUUCUACAAUAAUAUUUUAUAUGGGUUUUGGUUUAGAUAAAUCUAAACCACAAUGAAAAUGUCAAAAUAAAACCAAUUACCAUUCUUCAAA